AGGCAGCAGCAGCUCCUCGGCCAGGCCAGACACGGUUUGUAACGCUGUUGACAGCCUGAGUUAACCUCGUCCCGAGCGAACGUGCAGCCGUGCACUUCAGCGUUUCACCGUGCUUGAUCCGAACGCAGAGCGCGAGGAGAAAAUUCCGGCCCUGUAUCCAGUAAUGAAAGUUUUGGCCUCUGUUGGGCCUAACUUUGACCCGUUGUCAUAGAGCCUCACAAGAAUGACAUUUGUACAGUUAUUUUUACGGGUUUUUUUUUUUAGCUGAUUCUCUUUUCUACUGGUAGGAAUUAGUUCUGACGCUUUCUGGUCAUUGUGACCUUGCUUCCCGGCGAAGUGCUGGUUUUGUUCCACCGUCAAAUUGAUUACAAAUAGGUGAUAGUGCAUAGAGAUUUGAUUAGGGCAUGGAUAUGCAGUAUGGAUUCUCGAGCAACAGUUGGUAGCACCGGAUGCAGCUUUUUCAUUGUGUGUUUAGUUAGUGUUUAGAAAUAAGAGGAAAGAGCAAAAGCCUUGUCUUUGGUAGACCAUUGAUUAUUCUGGUUAUUAUUUCCAUGUCUUCUGCCCACUGUAAGUCGAGGAUAAUUGGUAGAAGAAAAAACCACCUGUCCCACGGUGAUGUUCUGCGAACCAGCCCUCAGUCCAGUUACCAAACCCACCUUUGUUCAGGCCAUUUGGAAGGGGAAAGCUGUUGUUUUCUGUCAAGACUUGCGAUUAAGCAAAGGAAAGGUGCCCUUCUUUCUAUGUUUGGUUCUUUCCAAGUAUAUUCCAAAGUUAUGCUUGUGCUUUCCUAGGGGAACGAGUAAGCUGCAUUCUGCGAAGCGGAAUAUGUAAGAAUUUUUAAAAGAAAAUGAAUAUACAAACACGCAGGUAAUUUGAGCCUUGUUGUGCCAUUCCUUAUUCCCCCCAUACAACUGCAGACAGCUGAAAGUCCUGUAUUUCCAGCAAUCCUAAAAUUAACUCCAGCGUUUCUGCAGUUCUAGAAAGGCAGGAGAGGACAAUGUUUUCCCUCUUGUGUCGCGCUGGUGACUAAAGCAGGUCUGAAGGGCUUGGCGGUGGGUGGGGUGAACCGUUACAUAUUUUCUGUGUCUGACGAAUGCGCAGGCUGCUGGGUCUCCGUCCUUCUCCUCUCUCUGGUCGGCGGCAAAAGCUGCUAAUGAAAUGAGCUGUCCUGACGAUCAAAGCUGAGUUAGUUUGACUGCAGGGAUUUCCUGCGCGACAGCGCAGCCAGGGAUCCCGCGUGGCCAGGGGGCUCCUGACCAUGUCCGGCGGCUGAGGAGGAGGCCAGGUUAGUGGCACUUGAGGGAAGUCGAAGCAGCAGGCCAGCAUUUGGCAGGAACGCAAGCAAGCUCGCCUGGCAGGCAUCUUCCCCGUUCCUUCAGCUGGUUUUGAGACUCACAUGUUCACUCUCUGAUAUUUAAGCAAGUUCUGAAGGAUGCAGACACAGGCACCGAGUGCUGUCUUGCUAACAAGGAGCACGCUUCUCAAAACCCUGCAGAGGAGACGUAGGAUCUUCAAGCAAAUUCUGGCAGCUGGAGUUUCCCGGUAACAGAUAAAACUAUUAGACCACCAUGAGUUGGAGUUUCCUGACCCGUCUAUUAGAGGAGAUCCACAAUCACUCAACCUUUGUUGGCAAAAUCUGGCUGACAGUGUUGAUUGUAUUUCGGAUUGUCCUAACUGCUGUGGGAGGAGAAUCCAUUUAUUAUGAUGAGCAAAGCAAGUUUGUGUGCAACACGGAGCAGCCUGGCUGUGAGAACGUUUGUUACGACGCUUUCGCUCCCCUCUCGCAUGUGAGGUUUUGGGUCUUCCAGAUCAUUCUUGUUGCCACUCCAUCUGUAAUGUAUUUAGGCUAUGCAAUUCAUAAAAUCGCCCGGAUGGUGGAACACAGCGAAGCUGACAGAAGAAUCAGGAGCAAAAGCUUUUCCAUGCGAUGGAAGCAACACCGUGGCUUAGAGGAAACGGAGGAGGACCACGAGGAAGACCCAAUGAUGUACCCAGAAAUAGAGCUGGAAAGUGAACGGGAAAAUAAAGAGCAGCAGGCCCCUGCUAAAGCCAAGCAUGACGGCAGGCGGCGAAUUCGUGAAGAUGGACUCAUGAAAAUUUAUGUCCUGCAGCUUCUGGCGAGGACUACCUUUGAAAUCGGCUUUCUCGUGGGUCAGUAUUUUUUGUACGGCUUUGAAGUCAGCCCCGUAUUUGUGUGCAGCAGGAAGCCGUGCCCACACAAGAUAGAUUGUUUCAUUUCAAGGCCGACCGAAAAGACCAUUUUCCUGCUAAUAAUGUAUGGGGUGAGCUGCAUGUGUUUACUUUUGAAUGUCUGGGAGAUGCUCCAUUUGGGAUUUGGCACAAUCCGAGACACACUGAACAACAAGAGGAAAGAGCUAGAAGACUCUGGUACGUAUAACUACCCUUUUACUUGGAAUACGCCAUCUGCUCCUCCUGGCUAUAACAUCGCGGUCAAGCCAGAGCAAAUGCAAUAUACUGAACUGUCCAACGCCAAAAUGGCCUACAAACAGAACAAAGCCAAUAUAGCUCAGGAACAGCAGUAUGGAAGCAACGAAGAAAACAUUCCUGCCGACCUGGAAAAUCUGCAGAGGGAAAUUAAAGUGGCUCAGGAGCACCUGGACCUCGCAAUCCAGGCUUACAACAACCAAAACAAUCCCAGCAGUUCCAGAGAGAAGAAAUCCAAAGCAGGCUCAAACAAAAGCAGUGCCAGUAGCAAGUCAGGAGAUGGGAAGAACUCUGUCUGGAUUUAAUGUUGGCUGAGUUCAUAUAUUGUGUUUUUUCUCCUAGUUUAUCAUAACCAGCAACCCCUUGAAUAAUGGCUUCCAUUAAGUAAAUAUUUGACUCUGCUUAUUUUCAGGGAUACCGUUGGCUAGUGAUUCAACCUCUCAGAAAGGGUUUGUAUGCAUAUUCUGGGAUUAUAGAACUUUAUUCUUCUGUCUUCCAAGUCAGGAGACACAUAGGCAUAUUUAAAUCAUUCUCAUUGAACGGUUUAUGCUGUAUGUACAGUAUUAUAGUACAUUUAUUAUGCACAAUUUUUUGUAUUUGUACACUGGAUCUCUGAUGUUGCGCUUUUUUAUAUUAAUGAGGAGAAAGCAAUGGGUAGCUGUUAGCAUUUUGCUAGUUUUAUUACUGUGGUCCACAGUUUCGUCGUUGUUUCCUUGUUUUAAACGUAAAACUUUCUAUGCUGCAUUUCAAAAGUGCCUUGAACAUGCAGACAGCACAGAGGAGUCUCCGGUUAUCCAGGCAGCCCACAGGUGCCAGUCACUGAGCAGCAGAGCAGUGAAAAAUUUGGAAAACAUCUGUUAACGGUGCUCUUGACUCUUGUCUUUUACAAAAACGAUGUGCUACUUGUAAAGUGUCAUACUAUAGCCACGAUGUACUACAGUUUCCCUCCUGUCCCUCCAUGGAAAAUUACUUACAGGAAAAAUGUGUGUGUGUGAGAGUGCUUGCAUUCAGAGUGAGAGUGCCAGCUGUAAUGCAGAGAGGGCUCAGACCUCCCUGCAAGCUGUAUGCAACAGGAGGGAAGGGAGACUUCAAACUCCUGUAAAACAAUUUAGGGAAAAAAAAAAAAAAAAAAAAAAAAAGUAAAUAGAAGUUGCUGGAUUCAGUAAUUCUGUAUCUUCAUGUGGUAUCUAUGGAAAGAGAUGCUUUUGAGAUCUGCUGUUACGUAACGCCCUGCUCCCCAAGGGCAUGAAGUUGUUAUGAUACCUUUUGGAUAAGAUUUCUGUCUUUUCCAAGGUAAUCUGGUUAGAUGGAGUCACGGUAAUUUUGUUUCUCCGUGCAUUACACUCGAGGAAUAACCUUCCUCUCCCUGCAGCCAGGACACAUGAGCUGUCUGUAAGAGUUUUAUGAAGCUCUUUCCGAAUAUCAAUGAUACUGCCUUAUCCCAGACCCCUCUUCUUUCCGUUAUGUCAGAGGAAUUUAGUUCAGACAGAGCAAUACGUAUAAUUUAGAUUUCUGCUUGAGAGACCAGUCAGAUUUGGCGUUUUGUGGGUUUGGCAUUAAACUUGAAUUUAUAAUUAGAAAAAGGAGAAUGCGGUAUUCGCUGCCUUUGGCGGUGUCUUUUUGGCAAGGAUGCGCAUUGAUGUUUGAGAGAUGCUGAUAAAAGUGUAUGCUUUUUGCUACUAUUUAUAAUGUAUUCAGGACCUUGCUCUGCUCUCUCUUUUUUUUUUUUUUUUUGGUUAGGUUUUUGUGUGCUUUAAUAUAUUUGGGGGGCUUGUUUCAAGCAGGACUGUGGUAUUUUGAGGCUAACUCAGUCGUUAGUGCCCUCGUUACAGCCUAGUCAGGAGCAGGGUUGGGAAGCAAGGCUCCGUGGAGGACACCGGUAAACCCAUACUCGCUUCCUGUCCCGUAGAACAGCUGAGCAUAGGCUUUCUGUUAAAGUUGAGCUAAGGGGAUAUGAGCAUAUGCUCGCAGUUGUCCUCUACCCAAGCACUUGCUGAAAAUAGGCAUUUUGCUGAAUUGAUUUUUGGUCUGGUUUCACUGUCCAGGCGUGGAUCCCAGCUCUGCUUUGGGGGACAUAAGGGUGCCCAGAGCCAGUGCCACCCUCUGCCAGCGAGAGCUUCUCUGGUUCACCUCCAGCAGAGACCUUUCUGGCUUUUUGCUUAGCAGCAACUCCUGGCCACUGCUCCGGGGAAGGAGCAACCUCUGAAUUUUAUGCAGGAAAGUUUCAGGGUGAUGUCUGUAAGCGAGUGUAAGUAAGUAACACGGUAAGUACAGAGCAGUUUUUAAAAGCUUAAGUGGACUUGCAGGCAGGGACAGCUAGCCGUGAGAUGGGACUAGCUCUGUGGGAUGAGAGGGAGUUUAUUAAUAGCACUCCUCUAAUUAAACAGGAGUCUGAAGAGAAGCACGCUGCCUGAAGAUGGGCAGAGAGGGUUUGCUAGCAGAAAGCCGUGAGUGUGAUGGAGAAGCUGGGUGGAAAACGUGUUGUCUGAAAGUGCUAGGGAAAGACAUUUGGAGCCUGGAGAUAAACACGGAUACAUGGCUACAAUCCACUCCUCCCGACACUGGGGUUGUUCUUUUCAGCUUGCCAAAAGGGUUACGUCGCUCUUAACCCCUUGCAGUGGUUUCGGAACAGCCUUUCACCACCAAAUGUCAAGAAGUGAAAAUCCUUUCCUGUUGCUGCUCUCUACACAAACUACAGCAGUUUCUUGUUAGCGGCUUAAAACAAAACUGGUUCAUGGCAGCUGCUUCCCCUGUUGUUUGUAUUAGCCAUUUCCCAAUUAAUGAUCUAAACCAUUUCCGCUUAAAGCUACCGUCUCAGGUCAGUCCUGUGAGCUUUUGUCCACACCAGUAGAUGUUCCCGUUAGUGAGCAGAGUGUAUAGAAUAUUCCAAUCCCAGCACUGAAUUCAUUCCGAAAAUGCAAAGUAAUGGAGCUGUUUCUAUUACUGUUUUUUUGUUUUCAUUUUAAUUGUGUAUAAAGUGCACAUUUUCUUUGAAACUGAGUGUUUGUUAUUAGUAGAGGAUGUCUGUUAAGCUCUAAAUGUUCAUGUCUGUGACUGUAUUCAGUUUCAAAGUAUCAGGCUUGAUUUUUCCUUUUGAAGAAAUGAUACAUGCAUUACUUUAAAGUGCUCUCUUGCUUUGGCUUAAUGUAGGCCAUUCCAAAAUAACCGUUCAGAAGAGACUUUUGGACAAAAAAUACUGAACGUAACAUGGGUUUGUGUUGUCAUUCUCUGGUUUUGGAUGCAGUUUGGCAAAAAAAAUAUUCUAUUAAAUCCAGUGGAUUACUCCA